CUUCCGGGCGCGAGGCGACCGCGGAGGAGAGCUGAGAGUUGCGGCAAAGAGCGGCGGCUGAGGCAGAACCGCGAUGUUUCGGAUCGAGGGCCUCGCUCCGAAGCUGGACCCCGAGGAGAUGAAACGGAAGAUGCGUGAGGAUGUGAUCUCCUCCAUACGGAACUUUCUCAUCUACGUGGCCUUGCUGCGAGUCACUCCUUUUAUCUUAAAGAAAUUGGACAGCAUAUGAAGCUUGGUCAUCACAUAUGAAUGCCUAAUGUGAAGAGCCUGGUUACAGUUUCUGCUCCUGUCUGUACAUGGAUAGGCCCAGAAGGAUUUAAGUGACUUUGAAUGGACAUAAAAUUUUUACUUUUAAGAACAAGUCUGAGUCUGGCAGCUGGCCUCCAUAACUAAAACAAUACUACUUGGGAAAAGACAUUUUGUCAUAGUAUGCCCUUAUGCCUGUGAUAUUCAGCCUUUGUGGAUGUUGGGGUAAUAACUGCAAAUUCCAUUUUCUAGCACGUAUUAAUUAUAAGGGAAUGAUGUCUGCAAUGAUACUGUCUUAUCAGUCAUUUCCGUCCACCUUUUUACUUCUGUCAGUUUGUUAAAAUUACGUUUUUAUGGAAGCCAGCACACAACCACAAUGAUCUUAAAGCACAGGACCAUUAGUCUAUAUUUUUAAUAAACAUACCACUUAAAACUGA